AUGACGAGUCAACAUCACUACAUGCCAGUUAAUAGCAGCUGUAGUUCUAGAGUAGGAGAAAUUGAACAUAUAAGUCAUCUAUCAGAACACAUUGGAUCCCUCUGUUUGUCAUCAGAAUAUUCUGAUGUGACAUUAAUAGUAGAAGGGCAAAGAAUUCCUGCACAUAAAGUCAUCUUGGCUGCAAGUAGUGAUUACUUCAGGGCUCUUUUGUAUGGGGGUAUGAGAGAGUCCAGUCAAUCGGAAGUUGAACUACAAGCACCUCUGCAAGCUUUUAAAGCUCUUCUAAGAUAUGUUUACUCAGGACACAUGGGCCUUUCUUUGCUUCGUGAGGAUACAGUUCUUGAUAUGCUUGGAUUGGCACAUCAGUUCAACUUUCAGAAACUCGAGACAGCUAUAUCUGACUACCUUCGGCAAAUUCUAGCCCUACGAAAUGUGUGUGCUGUUUUGGAUGCAGCAAGAUUGUAUGGACUUGAUGCCUUGAUGGACUAUUGCUACAACUUUUUGGAUAGGAAUGCUGCUGAAGUUUUGCAGCAUGAUACAUUUCUACAGUUAUCUGUACAAGCCUUGCAAGGUCUCCUGGAGAGGGAUUCAUUUUUUGCACCUGAAGUUGACAUUUUCAAAGCUGUGUGCAACUGGUUUACGGCAAACCAGCAGUGGGUCAAGUCUGACAGUGGACUUACACAAGUUGAGAAGAUACUGAAAUGUGUUCGUUUGACUUUGAUGAGUCUGGAGGAACUCCUGACAGUGGUGCGUCCGUUUACUUUGGUGACAGCCGACAUGUUGCUGGAUGCCAUUCAAGAGAAAACUCAAACGAAAACUACUGACUUGCCUCACCGAGGUCUUUUGUUGCCCGAAGAAAACAUAGCAACUCCGAAACGGGGCGCUCGCGUGAUCACUGGUGAUAUGCGCUCCGCUCUUCUCGACGGUGACACGGAGAACUACGAUAUGGAGAGGGGGUACACGCGCCACACCAUCUCCGACGCGCCAGACAAUCCCGGGAUCAUUGUGAAGCUGGCCACAACUACUAUCAUCAACCAUGUACGAUUACUACUGUGGGACCGUGACAACAGAUCCUAUGCAUAUUUCAUCGAAGUAUCCGUUGACCAGAAAGACUGGGUGCGAGUCAUAGACCACAGCAAUUACUUUUGCCGCUCCUGGCAGAAUCUCUACUUUGAGCCGAGGGUCGUGCUGUACAUCAAAAUUGUUGGCACUAGCAACACAGUCAAUAAGGUAUUCCACGCGGUUUCGUUGGAGGCGAUGCACACGUCUCGCGUCCCGCCCUUGUGCGACGGACUCAUCAAGCCGCUGCACAAUGUAGCUACCGUUGAACUAUCGGCUGUCGUCAUCGAGGGAAUUAGUCGGUCCCGCAACGCCCUGCUGAAUGGUGAUACGGAACACUACGACUGGGAGCAGGGCUACACGUGCCACCAACUUGGCUCCGGCGCGAUCGUGGUUCAACUCGCGCAGCCGUACCUUCUGUCCUCCAUCAGGAUGUUGUUGUGGGACUGCGACUACCGCCACUACUCCUACUAUGUUGAGGUUUCCCUAAAUUAUUGGCAUUGGGACAUGGUAGCUGACCGUACACGGGACACUUGCAGAUCUUGGCAAGUGAUAUAUUUCUCACCUCGGCCCGUGUCUAUAAUUCGUGUCGUCGGGACAAAUAACUCUGUGAAUGAAGUGUUCCACCUGGUGCACCUCGAGUGUCCGGCGCAGGUGGAGCGAGAGGAUCCAGCCGCGAAGAAGCAAAAACCUGACUCGGAUAAUCGGCUUCCUGCGAUAGGUGGCAAUAAUAGCGAGAAUCGUGAAGCUCCGUCGCCUCCUGGAGACGGGAGCCCACCACCGGAGCCCACGACAUCACGAAGGACUUUAGAACCUGCCGAAACUGCCACUGAAGCAGAGGAGCGGUAUGAUGCGUUGGAUUAA